AUGGAAGUGGACCUCGGAACUCUAUUUUCCGCGGACCGAUCAAGCGGAAGUGAAGAAGAAACCAACAUACGGCCUCUCUCCGGAGUGCGUCCUCUGGGCCUCUUCAACCUUUCGCCCAGAAAACUUUUAUCGCAGUCGCCGCACGCGUACGGCUUCGCUCCCGGUGGUACCGCAAUGGAUCUCAACUCCGCGUGCGAGAAAAACCCUUGCCGCAGUCCGAGCAGAGAUACGGACGCUCUCCCGAAUGCCGUCAGCUCGUGCCGUGUCAGCGUCGCUUUUUCUGAGCAUUCAUAUGGAGCAACUACAGCCACAUCGAAAGAGGAGGAAGGUGCUGUGACAGACGGCACUGUGUUCUCAUGCCCCCAGUGUGACUACACAGAUCCAGAACAAGACCAAGUUCAACAACACAUUAACUCAUCCCACUGUACCCAACCCGACUCGGAGAAAACUACCCAAGAAGCAGUGGCAAAAAAUACUGACGGACGAUACAGCUGCUCUUACUGCCCCAAAACAUUCAAACUCCUCUCUCUCCUCACUUCCCAUCAGCGCAUCCACACCGGCGAGAAACCUUAUCUUUGUACCCAGUGUGAUUGCCGUUUCACUUUCAAACAAUCGCUAGAAAGACACAAAUUACUGCACAAGACUGACUCGGAGUUUAAAUGCACGAUUUGCGAGGAACUUUUUAAAUCUUUAGCGGAAUAUAAGGAGCACACAAGCACGCAUAUGCAAAACGGUGAAUAUUUUUGCGGUAAAUGCGGUAAGAGUUUCGCGUGGAAGUCUGCGUUUGUUAGACAUUUGAGGACUUUUUGCUCCAAAGCGAGGAACAGUCGGUUAAAAUGUCGACAUUGCGAGUUAGAUUUUGAAAGCACUGCCGCUCUGAAUGCCCACGUGCGAUCACAACACGAAGCAAAACUGCAUGUAUGUGUUUGCGGUAAAAGCUUUGCGUAUAGAUCGGCCUUAACUUCUCAUCAGCGCAUCCACCAAAAAGACAGACCGCAUGUUUGUAACCAAUGCGGCAAGGGAUUUCUGUACCGAGGAGGUUUGCUUACGCAUUUGAAAAUCCACUCUCAGGAAAUGGCGUUCAGCUGCUCGUUUUGCAGUAAAGGUUUUAAGCGAGAACGUAACAUGAAGAAGCACGAGCGCUGCCACACGAGGGAGGGCGUUUUCAAAUGCACUCAGUGUGAUAAAAGUUUUGUUUACAAAGCGACGCUGACACGGCACGAGCUGACGCAUUCGGGAGAGCGUCCGUAUCUCUGCUCGGACUGCGGCAAGGGUUUUUUCUCGCACGCGGAGCUGCUCAAACACGAGAGAUUCCACACGGGGCAUAAGCCGUUUGAGUGUCAGCACUGCGGGAAAAAGUUCACCCAGUCGUGUUACUUGACGAUCCAUUUGCGGUACCACACGGGAGCGAAGCCGUACGCGUGCGGCGACUGCGAUAAAAGUUUUCUGAGCGCGAACAGGUUGAAGAGGCACCAGAGGACGCACUCCGGAGAGAGGCCGUAUCUGUGCGGAGAGUGUGGGAAAGGGUUCAGACAGUCGUACCAUCUCAAAAUGCACCAGAGAACACACGCAAUAAGUAUGUAGGAAUACUUAUUUAAAGCUGCAUCGUGGAACUUUUCUAGUGGAGCGUCCGUCGAAUGCUUAUGUCCAUGGAGAUGUUUGUGUCUUUAUGUUGCCUGGAAUGUUUUGUUCAUAUUUUUAGGUACAUAUAGCUUCAAUUUAAAGGAAUUUCUCACAGUUAGGUCACUUUUCAGUAGCCUGAUUCAUUAACCGGUUUCACUUCAUUUCACUUCGUAGAAACUGUCCGACCUCGCUGCAUUAGAAUUUGUUCACUCAACGGUAGGCGAGUACUUUUUUUAAAAUUUAAACAAUCGCUGCUAUUUGGUCGUGACGUAUGUAAUGCGCUGCUAACAGGACUGAGUGGUAUAUUAAAGGUUGUAUGGAGGAUUUUUUUUUUUUUGUUUUUUUGUUUCAAGUUGUCAAUGAUAGCAUUAUAGAGGUGCAGUAGCCUUGUAAUUAUGAUGACCAAAAAAAAGAGAAUAAAAAUUCAUCAACUCUGGACGUGGUGGGGCCAGCUAAACAUUUGCCAAUAGAUAACGACAUUGCCUCGUUAUCUGUGAGCUGACAGGCUAUCAAUCAAACUCCCUACGUUUCUAGCGUAACUGACCUGCCUGCGCGCCGCCGGUACGUGGUUUACGUACGCCUGUCACGCAGUCCACAGACGCAAGACGCACAGACGCUGUUUACUCCACCAACGCAACAGUUCUUAGCGGCUUUUUUUGACCUAUAUCUUCCUCGCAGUUAGCACAAAGUUUGUUGCAAUGGCAGACAAGAAUCCAGGAGCAGUUAGCCGCAAAAGAAAGUCCGUUUUUGAGGUCGCUGAAAGAAGAAGACAAGGGGAAAAGCAGCGAAGCCAAACUAAGGUGAUUCUUGUAGAUUCAUUCCAGCGAUGGCGCGACUGAAGCAGACGCAGGGUCUAAAGACUGACGCAUUGGUCGCCAAAUUACUCCUGGACAGGUAACUUCUGCUUAUUAUGAAAACGUACUUUAUUUUCCAAGAGCUAGUCAAACGUUUUUCAGGACACGAAAGCGAUAUCCUAUGUCUGAAAACGUAAUUUUCAAGGCAAAGAAAGAGUCCGCUUGCUGCUGCGUGUUGUAGCUAGUUCAUUCGCACUGAAUCUCCGCGCAACCUUCUCUGCUCCCCUUUCCUACUCCUG